AUGUACAUUGGCGCAACAAAGCCCCACACGGCACACGUGGUGGAACACACUUUCCUUCUCUGCAAGCCAGAUGCCGAACAGUAUCACCGGUAUAUAUUACAAACUGUAUCCGAUGCGGGUUUUCAAGUUCUCUCAAAGAGUUUCAUCAUCACACCUUCAUUAGCAGAAGAAAUCGCCAACACAUUCCCAAGUGUACGACGCUCCAUGGAGGCGGAACGUGGUGUGGAAAAACUACUUAGUGCCGGUAAAAACGCUGCAACCAGUAGUACGGCUGGGGCUAGUAGUACGAAUAUGAAUCGUACACGUACAGCCGCAAUGACAGUGGCUGGUGGGAGUAGUAUUAGUACGAACAGUAGUGAUCGUCGGAUGAUGUCGGGUGUUUGGCGGCGAGAACAGCAUGAUGCCCAUCACGGCAUUAUUGCACAGAUCCUUGAACUCACAAGUCGACAUGAUCUCCGUCGUGAUGGAGUGAACGCCGGACUCCCAACAUCCAACAAUGAAGAUAAUGACAACCAAAGCGAUGAUCAUAGUAAUAAUAAUAACAAUAAUAAUAAUAAUAAUAAUAAUAAUAAUAAUAAUAAUAAUAAUAAUAAUAAUAAUAAUAAUAAUAACAAUCAUCAACAACAUCCUCAUAAUCAGCAGAAUGGUAAUACCAAUGGCUCCGACGCUGAUGCUCGCAGCGAUGCAGAGAUGACAGGUGGUGAUAGUGUAGGGGCUGCCGGAGGUCAAACCAACACCCAGUUGCAAAUGCACCUCUCACAGCGUGAACAAAAGACAGAUCGUCGCAUUGGGGCUGCGGCUGCACUGAAGAAUACAAUGAUUGAGGCCCUUUCCUAUCAGGACCUUCUCCGUGAACAUGUGCAGCAUCUUGCCUUUGGCGGUACAUGCAUGGCGGUGGAACUCUCACGACAGAAUGCGGUGGAACGAUUACUUGAGAUUGUUGGGCCGGAGAAUCCCAUUGAUGCCCGCCGUGUUGCCCCCAACAGCAUUCGUGCCCGCCUUGGUCGUGAUUUAAUUCGCAAUGCCGUCUACGCCGCUUCCAAUCUCGCCGAGGCGAGUCACUGCAUUGCGGCGGUGUUUGGCUUCUCCACGCAUUACUCCGCCGCCGACAUUCGCCCGCACGCGGCCGCAUUAGAAACGGGCGGCGGUGUUGAAAAGGACGACCGCACGAGCGGCGGGGCGGCGGGGGUGCGGCCGCACUGCGAGUUGGUGUGCCUCCCCCACCGCGGCCCGCUGCGGCUGGGGAAGACGGUGCGGGUCGAGAAGGCGAACCCGCAGGCCCACGUCGCCUUCUACACGGGGAGGACUUUGGAGGGCGAGUCCACCGACCGCGGGGAGAAGGAGGGCGGUGGAAAUCCCGCCGCCGCCGCCGCCGCCGAGAGCCGCGCCUGGCAGCAGAAGGCCGAGCAGUUGGAGCAGGAACUCGCACAGGAGCGGACGGAAUUGGUGACGCACGCGAAAUUACUGCGGGCACGGGAGUUGGAUUUAUUACUACGCGAACAUGCACUCGAACAGGCCACACAGGGACUGUUUGCACCGCCACAGCCAUAUCUGCAACGGUCAUCACAACAAUCGCAAUCACAACAACGACCACAAAACUUCCCGGAACUCACAGAGAGGAGUCUUGAGGAUGAGGAGACACCUAUAUCUUUCUUACCUCCUAUCUUCUCAGGACGGCAGUCAACCCUCAUUCCACACUCAAUGGGGGAUUUCUUUCCAGGAAAAGGUUGGGCUGCUUUGCGGUUGCAGUCGAUGCGCCGCGUUACUCCCGCUAUUGCCGCACAGAUGAUAUCUGCUAUGGCACCUGUUGUGGAGGCAGAGGAUGUAUCGCUGCUGUUAUCAAAGCCAGUGCGUCUGCGUGCAUUAUAUGCGGCUCUUCUGCAGUUUUCGGGGAAUGGUGAACUUUUACGUGAGGAUGUUGUCGCCCUAUAUGAUCGUAGUCCCGCUGUUCAACUGUUUUGGCUGGAUAACCAUCAUGAAUUCUUUGAAAAGUACGUGAAUGAGCAUACUGAAGAACCAGUCUCCUUUGACAGCUUCGUCUCGGUAUUGAUGUUUUUACUGAAACAGUAA